GGUAUUGAGGCGCGAUACUAUUAUUAGCGGGUUGACGUGUAUAAACAAAAGAAUUGAGAAAGGUAUAAAAGUACCCUCUUAGAGCAUCGAACUUGUUGAUAUCGAUAUCAGUGCAUUCGCAUCUCAACCAACCAUCAGAAGUUCCAUCAGAUCAUCACCAUGCAUUUCACAACCCUCCUCACCAGCGCCAUCGCGCUCGCCUCAACAGCAACAUCCCAACCAACAGCCCGUCAAGCGCCUACAGCCAACGCAGUCAUCAUGAUCGUCAACUCCGCCGACCACAGCCGCCAACCUGUCAGAAUUCCUCUCGCGCAACUCACCACUCUCGACUACCAAGUUACCGAGCUGCGGCUCGAGAGCCUCAACGUCAAUAUCCCCAAUAUUGAAUCACCUGAACUCAGCGAUGUCGUUUGUCAGCGAUAUAAAGAUAAAUAUGGUGUUCAGCUGGGCAGCGCUGAGUUUAGUCAUGAGAAGCCGGCGCUGAUUAGUACCAACCCUGUGGAGUUUGGUUGGGUUUUGUGUUACCAUCAGGACAGGGCUUGAAUGCAGUAGACCGAGGAGGAUAGGAUGUAUGGGGAACUAAGUUGGAGGAUGAACUUGGGGAAAUUGAAUACAGAAUUAUAUAGUUAUUAAUUGCAAGAUUAUGCACCGCCA